ACUUUAGUAAGCACCGCUCCUAAUCCGAUUAUGGAAGACAAUAGCUACAAAACGACAACUCGAAGUCCAUAUCAUCAUGCUACCUGCAAGACUAAUGUUUCUCUCUCUCUCUCUAGACUUUAUCCUCGUUCUGAUUCUUGAAUCGUUCGCCCAAAAUUACAAAAUUAAAACAAAAGCCUACAAACCCUAGAAGGCUCUCCACAAAUCGUGUCUCAGAUCAUCUCAAGCUUUGGAGGUCAAUAGGGAAAUAUUUUUAGAGAGAGAGAGAGAGUGAGAGAGAGAGAGAGAAAGGAGCUCCUUGAGAGAGCAAUAGCCACAGGGGUUUUGUGGGUUGCCAUGUGGUUAUUGCCCUUCUCAAUGGAAUCGGAUUUUGGGAGAAUUGGUUUCAUGCUACUACGAAUUGUUAUGGGUUGCAAAGUGGAUAUUUCAAUAGUCAGAGUGUUUUGGAUUUGAAUACCUUGGCUUCAAAAAGCAAAGAGAAGCAAGUUUUGUGGAUUUAGGAUUACAUAUGUUUCAGCAUUUAGGGUGCUUAAUUGGUAUUAAUCCUAAGAUUGGGACACAGAAGAGGUUGCCAAGUUCGAAGCCAUGCCAAACUAAAAUUAAACCGAUUGACAUGUUGGAUACUGUGCAAGAAAUUGCCAUUUACAUACAUAGGUUUCACAACCUUGACCUUUUUCAGCAAGGGUGGUAUCAAAUUAAGAUCAGCGUGAGAUGGGAAGACAGUGCGUAUACUUCUUUGGGAAGUCCUGCAAGGGUUGUUCAAUGUGAACCUCCUGAUUUGGGUUUUGAUAACACAUAUGGAGUAUGGAGGAUUAAUGAUGCUGACAACAGUUUCUCAACGCAGCCUUUUCGAAUUAAAUAUGCCAGGCAGGAUAUUCUUUUAUCUAUUAUGAUCUCUUUCAAUCUACCUCUUGGUGAUAAGUGUCCAUCUACAUCUGCUGUUAUUUUGAAGUUUGAGCUUUUGCAAGCCCCUGCAUCGGAGGAUGGGCUUGAGUUGCUUGCUUAUCUAGAUGCUUCCACUGUUGCGGUCCAUGAAUUUCGAAUUCCUCCGAAAGCUCUUUUGGGAUUGCAUUCAUAUUGUCCUGUCCAUUUUGAUGCAUUUCAUGCUGUGCUAGUUGAUAUAAGCGUUCAUACCAGUCUAUUGAAGGCCAGCUCUUACAUGAAGGUAUCCAGUGAUUCUUGCACCCAUGAAGAUGUUGCUGGCAAACGGAUUGAUAGGUUCAAUCAAGUGCAACACCGGCUCUUGAUGACUCUCGCCCUCCCUCAUCUUCACCUAUUCCGGUCUCGCCUUCAACAGACGAUACUACUCCUCCCAUUGCCAUUUGAAAAGUCAAUAGGUCAAGUGGUUUCUGUAGACAUGAAGCAGAUCACGCUUGUUAAAACAUUAUUAGUUGCUCGUGACACAUUGCUUGAAGGGCUACAAAAACUUAGCAAAGCCAUUGACCAAGCUAUUGAUUUAACUGAUUUUUCCAAAAUGAAUGAUGAGGGGAUGUUUGAUUGCAUCUUGCGACCAAAUCUGAGCACUGCUGAUGGUGAAGUUUCAGGACAAGGCAAGCCACAAAAUGUUCUUGAGAAGUCAAGCAGCAUUGCAGAUUGUCGAAAUGAUGUGUUGCCCUGCACUUUAUCAGAGGAUACUGUUGUUAACAUUUUCCAUUCCCUGGGUGCUCAAUUAUCGUACUUAUGGAACACUUUUCUGCAGUUUCACAGGAUAAACAAAACAAAAAUAUUAGGGUUUCUGAGUAUGACAUGGGCUAAGGAUCGAAGAGCUGAAUGGUCAAUAUGGAUGGUUUGCUCAAAGGUUGAGAUGCCUCAUCAUUACAUAAGCAGUCGAAAUGAUGAAUUUUCCCACCCGACUGUCCCAAAAAGAGUUUCGAGCUUGUGGAAGUUACCUGAUGAUCCUGCCCAAACUUUGGCCACACGUGCUGAGCUUCAUCGGCGAAGUAUUGCACAAAUGAAGAUCAAUAAUCAGUCAAUUCAAGACAUGCAUAUUUUUGGAGAUCCUCUUCGAAUUCCUAUCAUAAUUGUGGAACGUGUCAUGAAUGCACCCCGGCGUGCUCUAAGUGAAAAUUCUUACUUUAGAAAUGUAGACCUGAUAGAUUCACCUGUCUUGCUUUCUACACCCAGCGUUGAAGCUGGAAGAAUCCUAUCUAGUUCCAACCUGAAGCAGAAUGGUCGUGAGUUGAAGGUUGUUGUCUUUGUGCAUGGAUUUCAGGGGCAUCAUCUGGAUUUACGGCUUGUUCGAAAUCAAUGGCUUUUAAUAGACCCCAAGAUAGAGUUUCUCAUGUCUGAGGUAAAUGAGGACAAAACAUCUGGAGACUUCAGAGAAAUGGGACUAAGGCUGGCUCAGGAAGUGGUCUCUUUUCUUAAAAAGAAAAUGGAUAAAUUUUCUAAGUCCUGCAAUUUGGGAGGUAUCAAGCUUAGCUUUGUCGGGCAUUCUAUUGGAAAUAUCAUUAUAAGAACAGCAUUAGCAGAGACCAUCAUGGAACCAUACCUAAGAUGCCUCUACACGUAUGUAUCUAUAUCUGGUCCACACAUGGGGUACCUUUACAGUGCGAACUCUUUAUUUAACUCUGGAAUGUGGCUUUUGAAAAAGCUCAAGGGAUCACAAUGCAUUCAUCAGCUUACUUUCACUGAUGACCCAGAUCUUCGCAAAACUUUCUUGUACAGACUUUGUGAGCACAAGACAUUAGAGAGCUUCAGACAUACAAUACUGCUAUCUUCACCCCAGGAUGGUUAUGUGCCUCAUCAUUCUGCCAGAAUUGAACUGUGCCAGGCUGCUUCCUUGGACUACUCGAAAAAAGGUGCUGUAUUCCUGGAGAUGCUGAAUAAUUGCUUGGAUCAAAUACGGGCCCCAACUGCUGAGAAUCGGCUGUUCAUGCGUUGUGAUGUUAACUUUGAUACCUCCUCCUAUGGCAGGAGCUUCAACUCAUUGAUUGGGCGGGCCGCCCAUAUCGAGUUUUUGGAGUCCGACAACUUUGUGAAGUUCAUAAUGUGGUCAUUUCCAGAACUAUUUCGUUGAUUUCCAGGGAAGUCACGUACCAUCUCCACCCUACCAGUGUUGCUGGUAUCUUCUGUAGGUGAUUCACUUGGUUAUCUUUUGACAAGGGACAGGCAAAAAUGGAUUGGGAGGUCAGGUAGCGAACUUGUGGCAGCUGCACUCUUCCGUAUCAACAUGCAUAUUCUUGUUGACCUACAAUGUUGUUUGCGUGCUGUUCGACAGCAAGUUGGUCGGGAAUGAGAUUUGAAGUCAUCAUUUGUUUAUAAGUAAAAUAUGACUCAUGGUUUCGUGGACAGUAGUGUAAUUAUUUUAGGUUAGGUAGAAUGCUUAUAUAAAAUUAGGCCUUUGCCUAUUUGGUUCCAAUGUUUGCCAGAUAACAGGAUUGUGCGUGAAAACAGUUGAAGUGAAGAAACUCAAUAUAGCAGCUAUCCAGUUUACAUGUUAUAAUAAUGUUUAUCAUAACAAAUUUUAUUACUUGCUCUUUUUUAAUCUAUUUUGUAAAAUUUCUCUGUAAAUUUUUCUUUGAUCUUGGAAAUGCAAUUAUGUAAACUAUGGUUAUUCUUCUCUC